AUGGCCAACACCACCGCCGUCGAGGAGCUCGACAUUGUCAUCGUUGGUGCUGGGCUCACGGGCAUCAACGCUGCAUAUCGCCUCCAAACCCAGCUGCCCAAUCACAGUUAUGCGAUUCUCGAAGCCAGGGAUUCUCUGGGUGGAACGUGGGACUUUUGGAAGUAUCCAGGCAUCCGGAGCGACAGCACCAUGGCAUUAUAUGGCUUCCCAUGGCGACCGUGGCCCUAUGAGGAGAGCAUGGCUGGCGCCAAAGCCAUCAAGUCGUACAUUGCCGAGUGCGCUGCUUCCGAAGGCAUUGACAGGAAGAUUCGGUAUCACCACCGCGUAAAGGCUGCAAACUGGAGUUCUGAAGAGCAAAAAUGGACGCUUCAACUGGAAAUCACAUGCGAGGAUGGUGUCACAGAAGAGAAGCAGAUCAAGGCGUGGUGGCUGCUUGCCUGCAGUGGCUAUUACAGCUACGACAAGGUUUUGCCGCCUACCAUCCCCGGGAUCGACAAAUUCCAGGGACAGGUGAUUCAUCCUCAGUUCUGGGACGAGAACCUCGACUAUGCGGAUAAGAGGAUCAUCGUCAUCGGCUCCGGCGCCACAGCCAUCACCCUCCUGCCUUCCCUCGCAGAAAAGGCCAAGCAGGUUACCAUGCUACAACGCAGUCCAUCCUAUGUGCUCGCCCUUCCGAGAAAAGACAAGACGGUCAAGACCUUGUCUAAAUGGAUGCCGCGCAGCUGGGCUGUGACUAUCAAUUGGUUUCAGAGAAUGUUUUUCGAGACGGUUUUUGUCCAGUUUGUUCUCAACUUUCCCAAUGCCGGACGCAGGUUCGUCAUCAGCGCCAUGAAGUCACAGCUGCCAAAAGGGUUUGCGAUCGAGAAGCACUUCAAUCCCCGGUACAACCCCUUCGAGCAGCGCCUCUGCUUCUGUCCAGGUGCCGAUUUCUUCAAGGCGCUGCACAAACCUGGCGUCAGCAUUGUGACGGAUGUCAUAGACACCGUUACUAUUGACGGCAUCAUCGUCAAGACUGGCGGCGAGAAGAUUGAGGCUGAUAUUAUUGUGACUGCUACCGGAUUGCACAUGGAGGUUUUGUCAAGCACGGCUGUGACAGUGGAUGGGAAGCCUGUCAACGAAACCAUGGGGGAGCGCUAUGUGUGGAAUGGGUGCAUGAUUGAGGGCGUUCCGAAUGCUGGGCUUUUGACUGGGUACACCGCUGCUAGUUGGACGCCUGGCGUGGACGUGCGGACAAGGAACCUGAUCAAGGUUAUCAAGCACCAAGACAAGACAGGGGCUUCAUCUGCCGCCCCUCACAUCCCCGAGUCUAAGAGAGCCUCCAUGCCAGCUGGGCCUAUGAUGACGCUUACUUCGACGUAUGCACGGGCUGCGAUGAAAAGGAUGCCACUUGUUGCUGGUAUUGGGCCGUGGAAAGCUGGAACAAACUGGGUGCAGGAUGUGUGGGCAAUGCUGUUUGGAAGUGUCAAGGACGGCAUGAAGUAUUCUUCUGGAGCCAAAGACAAAGCUAUUUGA